GGAAAGUCCUCAGCCUUAGCCGUUAUUAGCUAUGAUUUUUAUUGUGUUGGCUACACGUGCAUUAAUGAGGCAGGAAAAUACUCAAGGAUAACAACCAAGUGUCCAAAUUAUCUCAUCAGACCGAGAGAGAGGUAUAUGUGUGCAUGCUCAUGUUUCAGCUCAGAGCCCUUUGUCUAGAAGGCUCUUGAACUCAGAGGUCCAGGCACUAUCAACUUUGCAGUGGAGCCAUCACUUUUGUUGAUCAAUGAAAUUGACAUAAUUUUUUUUUGUUUGUUUUUUUUUAAGCAUCAACCAUGUGCCUCAAGCUAACUGUCAAGAAGAGUGUGCUUCAGUUGGCUGGAAUGAGCAAUUCAACUUGUGGAGGAAUGAGAAAUGUUAGUGUUGAGACAAGAAACAUAAACCCCAGGGAGAGCAAGGCCGAGGAGAAUGGCUCUGACAGCUUCAUGCACUCCAUAGACUCACAGCUGGAGCAGCAAAUGGAAACCACGCAGAACCUGGUGGACUCCUACAUGGCCAUUGUCAACAAGACCGUGUGGGACCUCAUGACCAAGGAGUUCAUAUUAUCAGAGUUGCUGUCCAACCUGUACUUGCAUGGGAACCAGAACACACUGAGGGAGGAGAUGGCAGAGCAGCAUCAUUGGUGA